AUGUCGGGAUCAAAAGAUGAAAAAGGCUUUUCAAAGAGUUUGCAUGUUGGUGGUCAAAAAGUGUUAGUUGUAGAUCAUGCAAACGAAAUUUUAAGUGGUGAAGGAGCUCCUUCUUGUUGUGUUAUUGGGUCACCUGAACAUGUAGCUGCGUUAAGGAUAAAAAUCGAUGAAUUAAAAUCAAAUUCCGCUCGAUUAGAGCAAGAGCGUGCUGAUGCUCUUGAACGUUCUGAAAGCGUAGGAAAUCAACUUGACAAACUUGUCAAUGAACUAAAAAAUCUUGGUCACGAUAAUACUGAUUCGUAUUCUGAACAAACGAUUCAUGCUACUGUGCAUACGUUUGGUCAUUUAAGAAAAUUGGAAGUUAUCGCUGAUGAAGAAGAAGAAACUAUCUAUAGUUAUGAUAGAUUAAUGAGAAAACCAAGAGUGAGACAGUAUUGGCAUAAAGGAACUUUGCAUCGAGAAGCAGAUGAAAGACAUGCAAGUUAUACUGAAUUAUUUUUUGAUUUGAUAUUUGUGGCUGUGGUUAGGAAUUUGGGACAUACGUUAGUAUCUGAUAUUUCUGGAACCAAUGUGGAAAGAUUCAUUUUAACAUUUUAUCCUAUUUGGAGAGUAUGGUUGGAUGUCGUUUCAUAUUUAAAUAUAUUUAGUUCGGAAGAUCUCGUUGAGAAAUUCAUUAUUCUUUGGGAAAUGGUACUCGUAAUAGUAAUGGGAACUCAUGCAUCAGAUAUAAUUCAUUCAACAAGAUCUACCUUCAUAAUAAGUUUUGUGAUCGCUCGUCUCUCACUUGUAAUGUUAUAUAUCGCGUACGCAAUUUGGAUACCAAUGUUUCGUACAGCUUUUAUCACACUUAUAUGGGGAAUUAUAAUCCCAUGUUUAAUUUGGGUUAUUGCCAUUUUUACACCAUCAGAUAAUGUUAAUAUUGUUAUGUGGGUAGCUGUUAUAUUUGGCUUCGUUCCACUUUAUCACCGACUUUUUACAAAAAAUCCUGCAAAUCAUAUUCACACUCGAGAUUUCGAACGAGUCAAUACACCAGACGAAUCAACCGAAAACUCUAUCUCAACUCGCACAAAAUCAAGUUUAAAUUUAUCGACUCCUCAUAAAGCAAUGAGAAUAAAAGAAUUUGAAUGGAAAUGGACCGAUAUAUUUUCCAUUUUGAAGCAAAUUGAGUAUCGUACAGCAAAAAACAUCGAACAUUGGAGUGAACGAAUAGGAUUAUUUACUAUUAUCGCUGUAGGUGAGAGUAUUAUUGGAGUAUUAUACGUGAGUACUAAUGUAUAUCCAGAUGGUCAGCUUGCUAAGGCUAUAUUAGGUUUAAUAAUAGCAUAUAGCAUACAUUGGAUAUAUUUUGAUGUUGAUGCAAGUCGACAAUUUCAGCAUGCAUUGAGGAGACACGUGUUUACUGGAUGCGUGUUUACUUUUAUUCAUUUCCCUUUGAUUAUGUCAUUAAUUGCAUUUGGAACUUCUCUUGGAAGCAUAAUGUCAAUAAUAGAUUAUCUUGGUGAAGAAGAAAAUCAUUCUUCUAAUAUUGAAGAUCCAGAUGUUAGUAGUCAUUUAUUAUCUAGUCGGGAAGUAGGCUCAGAAAGCACUGCAUUUCCGGAGCCCUUAGCAUGGUUAUUUUGUGCCUCUUUAGCUAUUGCUAUGUAUUGUAUGGCGAUAAUUGGAAUUGUACAUAAAGGUUUGGACUCUGUAAAUUUAAUGAGAAUCCCAAAGUAUCAACGAAUAACCUUACGAAUCGUAGUAGGCACAAUAUUUUUACUCCUUCCUCUGGCGCAUCUCAAUACAUUAAAUUUGGUAGCCAUCGUUGCUCCACUUUCGAUCUUUUUAGUAGUAGUAGAAGCAUAUGGAAAAUUAAGAAGUGAUAUGCCAUUGUUUGGAGAUUAUGAAGGAGAUGUUAUAGGAGGAAUGGGUGAAGCUAAAUUUGUAAGAUGGCGAUGGGGAACAGACUUGAAAAAACGAGGAUGGUCACGAGGAUUUUUAAAAAGAACUAAGAGUGAAAAUGAAAAGAAUGAAAAGGAUGAAAAGAAUGAUAAAAGUGGUGAAAUAAUUGAAAAGAUGGUUUAA